AAAAUUUCAUUGGUACUACGAAAACUUUCGAAUGGUUCGACGGGGGGCAGGUGCCGUCUAUGGGUAAGCAAGUACCAUUUCUUCGCGUUAAUAUUAUUCAUUACCAGAACGGAUCUCAAGUUCAGUGCCGCGGAAGUGAUGUGAAUAAAGUGCACGGCCACCGAUAUAAUUGCAUUUUUUUAAAUCGACGGUAUUAGGUAUACCUUUGGAUUUCGCUCAUUAUUGCGGGUAUUUCUGCGCGAAACAAAGAGAUAUGGCUCCAAACCUUCUAGGAAAAUCCUCGUCUUACUUGAUGGCAGAUGCUACAUCGGCCGAGCCGGUGCAGAUUAUCCAAACCAAGGAGAGCCUGCAACAGUCAUAUCAGACCUACCAACAACAAGUCAAACAGUCUGCCUCUAGAAAAGCGCCCAAGUAUAAAUGGGAGAUAGUUUGGAGAAACGUGUUGGCUUUCGUAUUACUUCAUAGUGUAGGAACGUAUGGAAUAUACUGUAUGUUGUUAGGGCGAGUUAAGAUAUUCACCAUUGCUUUUAAUAUUUUAUUUGCUGUGUUUGCUGGUCUCGGAGUGACAGCUGGAGCUCAUAGACUCUGGGCACAUCGCACAUAUAAAGCCAAAUUUCCUCUUAGAUUACUCCUAGCGUUUUUCCACACAGCAGCUCUACAGAAUGACAUUCACGAGUGGGUCAGAGAUCAUAGAGUCCAUCAUAAAUUCACCGACACGGACGCCGAUCCACAUAAUGCCAGCAGGGGUUUCUUCUUCUCGCACAUAGGAUGGUUAAUGCUUAGAAAGCAUAAGGACGUCUUGGAAAAGGGAAAGACUGUAGACAUGAGCGACGUAGAAUCCGAUCCUGUAGUUAUGUUCCAGAAAAAAUACUACGUAUUUUUGGUAACGAUGCUGACUUUUUUGGUUCCUGCACAUAUUCCAUGGUACUUCUGGAAAGAAAACUACUUACUAGCCUGGUACAUGUGUAUAUUCAGGUAUGCUUUGUCGCUUAACAUCACUUGGUUGGUCAAUAGCGCAGCUCAUAUCUGGGGAACCAAGCCAUACGACAACACCAUCGGACCCACAGAAAACAAAUACGUUUCGGCUCUGGGCUUCGGGGAGGGCUGGCACAACUACCAUCAUACCUUCCCCUGGGAUUACAAAGCAGCCGAAUUAGGAGACUACAAGCUGAACUACACAACCGCAGUGUUAGACUUCAUGUCACGAAUAGGACAAGCCUACGACUUGAAGACUGCUUCCAUGGAAAUGGUGAAGAAGCGAGUGGCCCGAACGGGAGAUGGAUCCUGGACAAACGGCAAAGUAGAGGGAGAAUCGAAUAAAGAUCAUCACCAUCAUACGCACGAAGAAUGUGUGUGGGGUUGGGGGGAUAAAGAUAUGGAUGAAGAGGAGAUACGUGAUGUUAGGGAAUUCAAUAAUCUUAAAGAAGAUUAGAUAGUUGGUCAUUGUUGCUGUGAUUGUUGUUAAGUUUUAGUCAUUCUUAAUAUAAAGUGCACUAAUAUUUCUUCUUGGACAUUCGUAGUAAAUAAUACUGACAGAAGAACUUAGUUGUUAAGGAAAUCUAAAAUUAUUUAAACCGUUUUAAAGGGGAUAAUUGUAAAUAUGUAUUAAUGUAUAUCUUCAACAGAAAAAGUUGAGAACUGCAUCAAAAACUUUUGGUUAAAACUUUAAUUCGUGAAUUUAGUUUCUUUUCUUUGGUUGUCUUAUUUAAAUCCUUCCAUUCAUUUCUAUUGCAUCCAAUAUUGCUAAAUUAUUUAAAACUGCUAAUCCGGUGUCCAAAAGCCAACCUUUCUAUAUCUAAAUAAACAUAAAUAAUGGGUCAAACAUGAAUUUCAAAAUGAACUUUUUAUGGUGAAAGAUUCUGUUUCCAGAUCAGAAGUCGUUUUCGAAAUGUUGAAUUUUACUCCCUAUUGGAAAGGAUUUCCGAUCUGAAAUACGAAACAUUAAUAAUAAAAAUUUUAUUUUGAAAGAUGAUUCCUCUAACAAGUUAGGUAUGUAACUUGUUUUUAUUAUAUGUACUUAAUCGCUCAUAUUAUUAAAAAAAUCCCAAUUUUAUGUAGAUAUAUAUCUGAGAAUUUAUUAUAUUAAUCUGUACAUAUAGUUUAAACCUACUGUGUCUAGAUAUUUCACAGUAUUGGUUUAGAAGUAUCGAACAGCGUCACUAAAAUUUGCAUUAGUUGUAUUUACAUUAUGUUGUUUCUUGAAUCCAUCCCUUUCUUUUAAUUCGCUCACCUGAUUUUUGUUUGUAAGCUUGACUACAUUUUAAAUAAAUUAAAUGUUCUUAUUUUUUGUUCAACACAAUCUAGAAUGUUUCUAACUUUUCCUGACCUUUUUCAUUCUCCUUUGUCAUUGUCCUUUCUCUCUUUCUCACAAGCGCGGCUCCUCCUUAGGGUCAAUUGGUCAAUGACCCCCCUAAAAUAAUCUCAUAAAAAUACCAAUUUUAUUAAAAAUAUCUUUUAUCUAAAACUUCACUCUGAAAUACUCUCAGCAGUCUGCAUUGGCAAAACAAAUAUAAUAGAUAUAAUAACGUCGCGCCUCGCGCUAUACACAAGCCCGUGGCUGGGCCGUAUUUUAAAUUGUCUACAUACAGUUCUUAUGGCUUAUGGACAAAUGCAUGUAAAAUAGAAAAGAGACGGCAGAUAGCAAUUUCGUGGGCGAGAGUGGGAGUGACCUUUCCGUCGUAUACCUGUAGUAGAGUCGACGGCCUCACGUUUAGUUAGUUACCGUCUGCUUGUUCAAUGAGAAGGUCAUAGACUAUUUUGCAGAACUAAAGGAUAGAAGAAUUGACUUAAAAUAUAAAAAUAUUUAAAGUAAGUUUCGUUUUAAUAAAUUUACAAUUUAUUAUACUAUAAAUAUUCCUAUCUAUAUAUCAGUCAAUAACCUGUUCAUACCAUUUUUCCUAUAUUUUUUAAAAGAUUUACUCUAAAAAAAGACAAAUUUAAUUUUCGGAAAACUAGGGUAAAUAGUAUUGAGUUUUAUCUAAGUCUGUAUUUUUUAUCUAAAAUAUAAAUGCUAAAAGAUCUUUUAAAUACUUUAAAAAAUCAACAGUUUGAAGUUUUCAAACCAAAAUGACCCCCCUGAAGAUUGACCCACGAGCCGCCGCUGCUUUCUCAACAUAAUUUCUUACUUAUUUCUUUUUAAUUUCCCACUUGCAUCAUUGUUCGUUAAUUCUUUUUAUUUUCAAUUAAAUAAAAUUCAAGUAAAUAACAAUUGAAAAUAAAUCCUUUGUUUCGAACUCCACAUCUUCCAAUAUGGAGAUCAAAGGUAAAUAAAGAAUUUAUUUUCCCAUUGUGAUGUAUUUUCAAUUAUAUAUGUAAUUAACAAUAAACUAAUAUUCCGUUAAAAAAUAGUUUCAGAGAUAGGUAGCUUUCACUCUACUUUUGUCUUUCUGCUUUUUAUCUUAUUGUCGCAUUUUUAGUUCUUUCUUCCGUAUGUAAUGCUUGUGUUGUAUUCCUUUUGUAUUUUUUCUUUAUUUUCUGCUUAUUUCUAUUGUCUUUUCUUUUCAUUUCUGACUUGGUCUAUUUUUUCCUUCAUUUUAGACUUCUAUCUUUUUUCUUAAUAGGUAUAUUUAUGUAUUUCUUUUAUUUAAGUGUUUUCUUCUUUUCUUCUUUUUUAACUUCUUUCUUUCUCCUUAUUUCAUUCAUUUUUAUUGUUUUUAUAUUUUGUUUUUUAUUGAGUUAUUUCCUUCCCUUCGCUGUUUCUUUUUUCUUUCUUUAAUUCUCAAAGUGCAAAUUUAAGGUUCUUCUCCUUCACAAUCAAUAUUCUUUCAACUUUGGUUAGGUAUAUCGAGCUUUUCACGAAACUGGUAAUUUCUGUUUUUUCUUCUUUUUUAACUUCUUUAUUUCUCCUUAUUUCUUUCCUUUUUCCUUCAUUUUUAUGGUUCUCGUAUUAUGUUUUUUAUUGAUUUAUUUCCUUCCUUUCGCUGUUUCUUUUUUCUUUCUUUAAUUCUCAGAGUGCAAAUUUAAGGUUCUUCUCCUUCAAUCAAUAUUCUUUUAACUGUAUUUAGGUAUACCGAGCUUUUCACGAAACUGGUAAUUUCUGAUUUUUCCUUUUUCUUCCUUUUUAACUUCUUUAUUUCUCCUUAUUUCUUUCCUUUUUGCUUCAUUUUUAUUGUUCUCGUAUUAUGUUUUUUAUUGAUUUAUUUCCUUACUUUCGCUGUUUCUUUUUUCUUUCUUUAAUUCCCAAAGUAUCAUUUUAAGGUUUUUCUCCUUCAAUCAAUAUGCUUUCAACUUUGGUUAGGUAUACCGAGCUCUUCACAAAACUGGUAAUUUCUUAUUUUUCCUUUUUCUUGUUUUUUAACUUCUGUAUUUCUCCUUAUUUCUUUCCUUUUUGUUUCAUUUUUAUUGUUCUCGUAUUUUAUUUUUUUAUUGAUUAAUUUCCUUCCUCUCGCUGUUUCUUUAUCAUUCUUUAAUUCUCAAAGUGCAAUUUUAAGUUUCUUCUCCUUCAAUCAAUAGUCCUUCAAUUUUCGUUAGGUAUACCGAGCUUUUCACGAAACUGAUAAUUUCUUAUACCUAUACAUUUAAGGAGUUAUUAUGUCCAGCUCUGCAUAAUUAAAUUUUCAUUACACAGUCAGUUCAACUUACCUUUUAACAAACAUGACAAUUUUUGACACGUUCGGUCGUAAGGAAUAUCAGUAAAUCACAAUCUGAAUAGUAAGAGAAAACCAAAAAGAUCGAGGUCAAAUUUUACAUAAUAAAUUCUCUCGCCUCACUUUUUGGUAAUAAAUUUUGCAGUCGGAUGAAUAGUAAUUCCGUUUUACUAGAAAUUAAAACAAAUUAAUAAUAAAAAUACCGAGUAGGUAAAUGAAUGAUGUUGAUCUUGACAUAUAAAUUUGCAUUUCCGGAGGUUCAGAGAAGUCGGUCAUUUCAUAAACUAAUAUUAAUGGUUAGACGUGAGAAUUUUUGGUGAAUAUUUUAAUAAAUGUAUCAGAUUUAUAAACUAAACCGAUAUUUUGAAAAUGUUUUAUACUUCUUGAACUGCAUCUUCUUCUUUUGGUUCCUAUCCGUUACGGAUGUUGGACACUAACAUGGCUAUUUUUUACUUUGUUGACUGCUGCUCUAAAAAGCUGGUAGUGGUCAAGUAAACCAUUUUCAUAAAUUAUGAAGCCAGGAUAUUCUUCUUCCUCUUCCUGGACCUCUUUUUCCAUGUACCUUAGCUUGAAGCAUGAUCCAAAGUAGGUCGUAUGUAUUGUUGUUCAUUGUGCAUUAUUUUCAUUUUCUUCUUCUGCUUUUUCUUCUCUUCUUCUUCUUCGUCUUUGCCUGUCUGUCAAAAACAUUCAUUCAGAUCUCUCUUGUGGCCUUCUCCUGCAUUGUCUUAUAUUCACGGUUUUCAGGUCGUCUUCCACGUCAUCCAACCAUCUCUUUCCAGGCCUUCCUUUUUUUCGCCUUCCUUUCGGUUUCCAUUGUAAUAUUUUCGUUGCUGUUUUUAUAUCUUCUUGUUUAUGGACAUGACCCAACCUUUCUCUAUUAUGUAUUUAAUGAUUUAGACAUUUCUACACGACAGAUAUAUAUCAAAUGGACAGAAAGAUGCCAAAUGAAAUCGUUGUUGGGUUCAGACAAUUUGAGAACCUACUUGUUGAUUGUGUUGUAACUCGGGUUUUGAGAUCGUCUCUGGAAACUAUUGAUAGUUUUACAUUUAACAUUUAAUGUUACAAAUCUUGUAAUUUUGGUUUACUACUUCAAAAUAUAUUUUUCACCAAUUAUUUCAGGAUAACAUUGACUUAACUGAUGUUUUCAAUCGUUUUUAUAAUAGCUUGUUUUUCUUAGGGUUCAUAAAUGUUUUUAUUGAUUUUAUUAGAACUUAUUUCAGUUAUUUAUUAUUAUAAACUGUAUUUUGCUAUAUUGGGCACCUUAAUCAGAUACUAUUUUAUUAUUGAUAAAGGUGUAAAUAAAAUUAAUAGAUUUUUAAUCAACUGUAGAAUAGGGAAAUGUGUAGUUUGUUGUAGUAGAAAGAAAUUAGUCCUGUCGCCAGGGGGGGUACAACGGCCUCCUUAAUUCAGAUGGACUUACCCAAGUUUUUUUUAUAUAUUUUUACCCGUAGAAUACGAAUUUUUUGGGUAACAGUUGAUCCGGAUGUCGAUAAGAUUGUUAUAGACAAAGAACUUGAGGAAUUACAUAACAGCGAUUUCUCGCAAAACAAAACAUCUUUUUGUAUUUUUUGGGUCAUUUUAAGCAAAAAAUAUUCCUGCAAGUUUUUUCGUAGAAUGCAUAGUUUUCGAGAUAACCGCGGUUGAACUUUCAAAAAAUAGAAAAAUUGCAAUUUUUGAACCCGAAUAACUUUUGCUUACCGCAUUUGAAAGUUUAAGUCAAAUUAUAUCGGUUUUGAUUAUUUGCAUUGCUAAAAAUUAAUUUUUUUAUUGUUAAACUAAUCUAUAAACACAUAGUGUUUCCCGUGCCUAAUACAUGCGUUUUAACGCAUGCCACGUAGAAAUUGCCUCGCUUGCACUCGUAGCUACUCUACCUACUCGUUCGAUUUUAAAUGAGAAAUCAUUGAAAACAUCACUCACAUACUAGGUGUUUAUAGCUUUGAUUAACAAUAAAAUAAUAAAUUUCUAGCAAUGCAAAUAAUCAAAACCGAUAUAAUUUGACUUAAACUUUCAAAUGCGGUAAGCAGAAUUGCUACUUUAUUUUUUAAUCAAAAGUUAUUCGGUUUCAAAAAUUACAAAUUUUCGAUUUUUUGAAAGUUCAACCGCGGUUAUCUCGAAAACUAUGCAUUCUACGAAAAAACUUGUAGGAAUAUUUUUUGCUUAAAAUGACCCAAAAAAUACAAAAAGAUGUUUUGUUUUGCGAGAAAUCGCUGUUAUGUAAUUCCUCAAGUUCUUUGUCUAUAACAAUCUUAUCGACAUCCGGAUCAACUGUUACCCAAAAAAAUCGUAUUCUGCGGGUCAAAAUAUAUAAAAAAAACUUGGGUAAGUCCAUCUGAAUUAAGGAGGCCGUUGUACCCCCCCUGGCGACAGGACUAAAUGUUUUCACUAAGAAACUUUUAAAUAUGUGACACUGUUAGUACCAAAGUAGUUUGAAGUACAGAAAAUUUUGUUGAGAUAUAAUGUAUUAUUAAGCAAUAAAAUUAAAAAUUUUAAGCAAAAAGA